GGGUCUUGAUAUUUAAGUGAGGAUUUAACCUCUGUCAAGAGUCAGAGCCUCCUCUGCCUCUUGACAAGCGUUGGACCUGUUAGUGUUCAGAGUCAGACCUAACAUUUACUGUCACCAGAUCUCAGAGACAAUCUGUCAAUCUUGGAGCCAGGAUGCAUUUCUCCAUCACCUGUGGACUGUUUCUGUGUGUCACCAUGCUGUUUUUCCUUCCUGUGCAAGGGCAACUUGACCUGGACAUGGGGACAGACGGUUCAGCCUGCUGUAAUAAAGUCUCAACUGCUACCAUUCGGAAACCUGUCAAAGAAUGCUAUGAACAGCUGCCAAACACACUUCCUCUUUGUCCAAUGCAUGCAUACAUCUUCAUCACUGAUGAUGAUGAACAAUAUUGUGUGGAUCCACAUGCCAAGUGGCUUCAAACACGACUGGACAAGUUAAAGAAAAAAGGAAAACAUUGCAGAGUUCUGUGAAGACUUCAGCAACACGGUGAUGAUGACGCUCCAUGACAUGACCGACUUUCUCCACUGGCACCGAUUUCUGUGAAAAUGUUUCACUCUUCUCUUUUUAAACACCUACAUUCAACAGUAUUACUAAUGCUUCUCCAUAAAUCUUUCUCAUCUUCUAAAAUAAUAAAGAUCAUUUU